UCGUCGUCAUCAACGUGCGAAAUUCAAACUUCUGGAACAAAACAUCCCUGCUCGAGGGUUUUCCUCUAUAUGGUUAACUGACUUCCCUGCCUUCGUCUAUUUUAAUAAAGAAUCCAGUUGUCGCAGGGAGGUUUAUAAACGGCCAGUUUUAGCAGAGAGCAUGCCUGUGGAAAGAACGGAGCACCGCGGAGGAGCCGCAGAGCUUUACAAAUAUUAUGAAGUUUAUGAGACUAUCGGCUCAGGUGGCUUUGCUAAAGUCAAGCUGGGUCGACAUAUCUUGACAGGAGAGAAGGUUGCCAUUAAAAUCAUGAAUAAGAAAGAUCUUGGGGAUGACUUGCCACGUGUGAAAGUGGAAAUUGAAGCCAUGAAGAAUCUGAGUCAUCAACAUAUCUGUCGACUGUACCACAUCAUAGAAACUUCCACUCAGAUAUUCAUGGUGCUCGAGUACUGUCCAGGUGGGGAGUUGUUUGAUUAUAUCAUAGCAAAGGACCGGCUAUCAGAGCAGGAGACCAGGGUGUUUUUCAGGCAGAUCGUAUCUGCGAUGGCCUACGUCCACAGCCAAGGAUAUGCACACAGGGACCUGAAGCCAGAAAAUCUGUUGAUCGAUGGCGACCAUAACUUGAAGCUCAUAGACUUUGGCUUAUGUGCCAAACCUAAGGGGGGCUUGGGUUAUGAGCUGAUGACGUGUUGUGGAAGUCCUGCAUAUGCUGCUCCUGAACUUAUCCAGGGAAAAGCAUAUAUUGGUUCAGAGGCUGAUGUGUGGAGCAUGGGAGUUCUGCUGUUUGCUCUGCUCUGUGGAUACCUGCCCUUUGAUGAUGACAACUGCGUGGUCCUUUACAAGAAGAUUACAAGGGGUAAAUAUGACAACCCACAAUGGCUUUCUCCAGGCAGUGUUCUCCUUCUCAACCAGAUGAUGCAGGUGGAACCCAAGUGGCGUCUGACGGUUCGACAGCUACUGGAUCAUCCCUGGGUGAUGAAGGACUACAACAGCCCAGUAGAGUGGCUCAGCAGACAGCCGCUUGGCCACAUAGAUGAAGACUGUAUCACUGAAAUGGCCGUCAACAUGAAGCGAUCAAGAGAGAGCACCACAGCGCUGGUUAAGGAGUGGCGGUAUGACCAGACCACAGCUACCUACUUGCUGCUACUGUCAAAGAAGCAGAGGGGAAAACCUGUCCGUUUGCACCCUGAAGCAUCUCUCUGCGAGGAUUCUCCUGUUCACCAAGGCCUGCAGACAAGAGAUGUCCUUCGCUUCAGCAAGGAUGACGACGCUGUGAUUGUUGGUUCUUUGGACCUUUACUCAGAAUACAUCGACGACUGUCCAUGGAUGUCAGUCCAACAGCACACACCCCAGGGAGUCAGAGGUCGGCCAGAUGGAAGCACAAACAAAGACACAAGGUUGAUGUCUCCAUCAGUGGAAAAAAGAUAUGGUCAAAGCCCAAAAGCAGAGAAGGGGAGGGCAACACCACACCGUCAGGAGAGGAGGGAGAGAGAUCAAGUACAAACCACUGAGAACAAGGAGAAUAUUGCUGAGGAGAAAGGAGCUGAAAAUUUUGUUUUGCCUCCCCCCUGGACCCCCGUGUCAAGUAAGAAGAAUGCACGCGCCAACAAGAAGGUGUUGACCACACCCAAUCAAAACAUAGGUGUUACCAAAUCUAAUGUGGGCACACCUAAAGGUGGUGACAUCACAUCUAAGGACCAAAGUAAGAAGACCACAUCAGAGAACAAGGAUCCUGCAGACAUUGAAAUACUAGCCUUCAGUCCAGAGCGCAGGUCCAGAUCGCUAGACAUGGCUGUCACAGGAGACAGUGGGAAGAAGAAGCGGGGAGGAAAGAUGUUUGGGUCCCUGGAGAGAGGCCUGGAUAAGGUGAUCACCAUGCUCACCCCGAGUAAGAGGCGAGCUCUACGUGAUGGUCCACGCAAGAUUAAGGCUCAGUAUAACGUCACUCUGACCAGCCAGACAAAUCCAGACCAGGUCCUCAACCAGAUCCUGUCCAUCCUGCCAGAGAAAAAUGUUGACUUUAUACAGAAAGGGUACACCCUGAAGUGUCAGACCUCGGGUGACUUUGGGAAGGUAACCAUGGCGUUUGAGCUGGAGGUGUGCUUGCUGCAGAGGCUGGAUGUCAUUGGGGUUCGCCGCCAGAGGCUGAAAGGAGAUGCUUGGGUCUACAAGCAUCUGGUGGAGGACAUCCUCUCCAUGUCCAGUAUCUAAACAACGCACCUUACCGACAUUAUCCAAGACGCUGGUCUUUUGUGUCAGUCAUGAAUUUGGCUGAUAGGUGAGGGAGGCAAGAAUUCAGACACAUUAAGGAUUACGUCUUUAAUAUUCAUUUGAAAUAGUAAAACCAACCCAUAGGCCAGUCUGCAAAAUGCAUCACACACUGAGGUUAUAAAGAUUACAUGUCAGUAUCCUGUACAAUGCAAAUUAUUGUUGACUAGUUUUUUAUUUAACUUACAUUUUCUUACAUUAUUAAGCUAAAUAUGAUUGCUGUAAGUUCUCUUGAGAUGAAUGUUUGAGUGUGAGAGAGACAUGUAACGGGAAUAUUUACAUCAUACCUCGCAGCUGCUUGUUACCAUAUUUAUGUCUGUUAUUCACCCCUAAAGGUGCAACAUUUAAUUGAACAACAGACACAGCAUUGCUAAUUUACCAUUAUUGUUUUGUUUGUUUUGUUUUUUUAUGUACAUGUGUUUACACUUCUGUCAUUAUGUUUUACAUGCUUAGUGUAUGUUUUUAUGUUUUCUGCCUUCCAUUCCCACAGUGUGUCUAAGAUUUUUACUGUGUAAAAGUAAAAUAAAUGAUUUCUGUAUUUAUAGUGUCAGAUGAUUGAAAUGAAUUUAGUUACUUCCUGA